GACUUGUGUAGAUUACAAUGGCUAUCGUACUGUUUAUGAUCUUUCUUAUAGCUCUACCCUUCUUCCUCUUCAUUCUCCUAAAACGUAGUAUUAGAACCAAUGGCAAUCUUAAUCUUGUUCUUCCUCUUCCUCCAGGCCCUCCAGGUCUUCCCUUUAUCGGUCACUUACAUAUGCUGAUGUCUGAUAACUCAGUCCCUCAUAUUUUUCUUUAUAAACUCUCUCAAAAGUACGGUCCUCUCGUGUUCUUAAGAUUUGGAUUUAAGCCAACCCUCGUAGUUUCUUCAGCAAAAAUGGCUGAAGCGGUUAUGAAAACCCAUGACCUUGACUUCUGCAGUAGACCUAGUCUUUGUGGUGCUCGUAGAUUAUCUUACAAUGCCUCGGAUUUGUCUUUUUCACCAUACUCUGACUACUGGCGUGAGAUGAGGAAACUUUGUGUUGUGCAUCUGUUUAGCAGAGUGCAAAAGUAUCGUCCCAUCCGAGAAGAUGAAGUUGCUCGCCUGGUUCAAAAAAUAUGCCGAUUAUCCAUUGAUUCUAAGCCUGUCAACUUAAGUGAGGCAAUGAUGUGCCUUUCCAGUUCAAUAAUAUGUAGAGUAGGUUUCGGUAAGAGGUACGAUGACGAAGGAGCUGAAAGAAGCAGGUUCGAUGGGUUGCUUAAAGAAAGUGAAGCCAUGUUGUCAUGCUUUAGUUUCUCUGACUAUUUUCCUUUCAUGGGUUGGGUUGAUAGAUUCACCGGCUUCUUCUCUCGUCUUGAAAAAACAUCCAAAGAACUUGAUAAUUUCUAUCAACAGCUCAUUAAUGAACAUCUCGAUCCAAAUAGACAAAUACCAGAGCAAGAGGACAUACUCGAUGUGUUACUAAGAAUUCAGAAAGAUCGUGAUUUUCCAUUUGAUCUGAUCAUAGAUCACAUAAAAGCUAUUCUUAUGGAUGUGUUUAUUGCUGGAACAGACACAACAGCAGCCACUGUGAUUUGGGCCAUGUGCUUCCUAAUGAAAAACCCAAAGUGUUUGAAGAAAACUCAAGCGGAAGUGAGGGAUUUGAUUGGGACAAAAGGAUUUGUAAAUGAAGAAGACAUUCAAGGUUUAACUUACCUAAAAGCUGUGAUAAAAGAAACAUUCAGGUUGCAAACAACAGUUCCAUUGUUAGUGCCUCGAGAAACACUUCGAAAGUGCAGCGUAGGUGGGUACCAAGUACCUGCCAAAACCUUAGUGUAUGUGAAUGCAUGGGCAAUAGGAAGAGACCCUGAAGCUUGGGAAAACCCUGAAGAAUUUUGUCCCGAAAGGUUCAUCGGCAGCUCUAUUGACUACAAAGGGUUGAACUUUGAGCUCAUACCCUUUGGUGCAGGUAGAAGGGUUUGUCCUGGAAUGCAUAUGGGAGUUGCAGCAGUGGAGCUUGCCCUUGCUAAUCUUCUUUACAAGUUUGAUUGGGAAAUGUCGACCGGAAUGAACAAGAAAGACAUAGACUUUGAUAUUGUACCUGGUCUUACUACACACAAAAAAAAUGCUCUUAUCCUUGUCGCUAGGAAGAUUAAUGAUUAAACAAUGUACUGUUAUGGUAAUUUAUCUGCUAAUUAAUCUC